AUGAGUUACUCCGGCGACAUUUACAGCAGCAGCAGCUCCUAUCGGAGGAUCUUCGGAGAGGCCCCCCGGUCCGGCCGCUUUGGAGUGGGCAGCAGCAGCAGCCCGUCCCGCCUUCAUACUGCGGGGUACCGCAGCAGCAGCCACCGCACCUAUGGUUCCCCCUCCGGUGUCUCCUCCACCACCUACCGCAGGACCGCGGCGGCGCCCGGUCGCGGGCUCUCCUCCAUGCAGGAGUCCAUGGUGGACCUGACCCAGUCCACCGCGGUCACCAACGAGCUGAAGAUCAUCCGCACCAACGAGAAGGAGCAGCUGCAGGGCCUCAACGACCGCUUCGUGUCCUUCAUUGAGAAAGUCCACAACUUGGAGCAGCAGAACAAAGUCCUGGAGGCGGAGGUCACUCUGCUGCGCCAGCGCCACAAUGAGCCAUCCCGCCUGCACGAGCUGUACGAGCAGGAGAUCCGCGAGCUGCGGGGACGCGUUGAAGAGCUGACCCACGAGAAGAGCCAGAUGCACCUGGACUGCGUGCAGAUGAACGACACGCUGGAGCGCGUGCGGGAGAAGCUGGAAGAGGAGAGCAAGCUGCGUGAGGAGGCGGAGAACACCCUGAAGGGCUACCGUAAGGACGUGGACGACGCCACCCUGGCGCGCCUGGAGCUGGAGAAGAAAGUGGAGGCACUGCUGGAUGAGAUCGCCUUCCUCAGGAAAGUUCACGAGGAGGAGCUGCAGGAGCUGCAGACGUCACUGCAGGCCUCUCAGGUGUCAGUGGAGAUGGAUAUGAGCAAACCGGAUCUGGCUGCAGCCCUGAAGGACAUCAGGGCCCAGUAUGAGAACCUGUCAUGCAGGAACCAGGCCCAGGCAGAGGAGUGGUACCGCUCCAAGUUUGCCACCGUGACCGAGUCCGCUGCCCGCAACCAGGAUGCCAUCAAGCAUUCCAAGGAGGAGCUGAGCGAGUACCGCAGGCAGGUGCAGGCCCGCACUUUGGAGAUUGAGUCUCUCAGGGGCCACAAUGAGGCCCUGGAGAGGCAGAUUGCUGAGAUGGAGGAUCACCACAACAAUGAAAUUGGAGAGAUGCAGGAUACCAUCCAGCAGCUGGAGGCCGCCCUGCGCAGCACCAAGGGAGAGAUGUCCCGUCACCUGCGUGAAUACCAGGACCUGCUGAAUGUUAAGAUGGCGCUGGAUAUUGAGAUUGCCGCCUACAGGAAACUGCUGGAAGGCGAAGAGUGCCGCCUCAGCUCCGUGAGCGGCGCCAUGGUCCAGUCCGGCUACCCCGGCUUCUCCUACAUGUCGUCCCGUAGCUACGCCCUCGGCUCCUACAGGAAGUCCAGCGCCAAGCCAGAGGAGGAGGAAGAGGAGGUGGAAGAAGAGGAGAAGGAAGAAGAGGAGGAGGGAGAGGAGAAUGAGGAGGAGGGAGAGGAGGGAGAAGAGGGAGAGGAGGGAGAUGAUGGAGACGAGCAGGAGGAAGGCGAGGGUGAGGGAGAAGAGGAGGAGGAAGAGGAAGAGGAGGAAGAGGAGAAGCCCAAAGAGAAGGAUGAGAAGGAGAAGAAGAAGGAAGGCCCCACCGGAAAGAACAGCAAGAGCUAA